GUUCCGGGUGGCGGGGAUGGCGCGGCAGCCGGGCGUGCGGCAUCCGUGCUUGGGCCGACUGCUAUGGCUGUGCUUGCCCUUGUGCCUGCCCCUGUGCCUGCCGAGCCCCGCGGCGGCGCGCCCGCCCGCCCCGCACCUCGUGCUGGUGCUGGCCGACGAUCUGGGCUGGGGCGACGUGGGCUGGCACGGCUCUGCCAUCCGCACGCCGCGGCUGGACGCGCUGGGGGCGGGCGGCGUGCGGCUGGAGCGCUACUACACCCAGCCGCUGUGCACACCGUCCCGCAGCCAGCUCCUCUCGGGCCGCUACCAGAUCCACACAGGUUUACAACACCAGAUAAUAUGGCCAUGCCAGCCCAGCUGUCUGCCACUGGAUGAGAAACUCCUCCCAGAACUACUUCAAGAAGCAGGAUAUGUUACUCACAUGGUGGGGAAGUGGCAUUUGGGGAUGUACAGAAAAGAAUGCCUUCCAACCCGCAGAGGAUUUGACACUUAUUUUGGCUACCUCCUAGGCAGUGAGGAUUAUUAUACUCAUGACCGCUGUGUCCUCAUCAAAGCCAAGAACGUGACACGCUGUGCUCUGGACUUCCGAGAUGGAGAAGAAGUUGCAACUGGAUUUAAAAAUGUGUACUCCACAAAUAUAUUCACAGAAAGAGCUAUAGAUCUUAUAGCCAAUCACAAAACUGAGAAGCCCCUCUUUCUCUAUCUUGCCUUUCAGUCUGUGCAUGAACCUCUCGAGGUCCCUGAAGAAUACAUGAAACCGUAUUCUUCCAUAAAAGAUGUAAAGAGGCGCCAUUAUGCAGGAAUGGUGACUCUUAUGGAUGAAGCUGUAGGAAAUCUUACUGAUGCUCUGAAAACAUAUGGUCUUUGGGACAACACAGUUCUUGUUUUCUCUACUGAUAAUGGAGGACAAACUUUAGCAGGGGGGAAUAACUGGCCACUGAGAGGGAGAAAAUGGACUCUCUGGGAAGGAGGAGUGAGAGGUGUAGGCUUUGUUGCAAGUCCUUUGUUGAAACAAACAGGUGUAGAAAGUCAUGAACUCAUCCAUAUCUCUGACUGGCUGCCAACGCUGGUGCACCUUGCUGGAGGACAUACCAAUGGCACUAAGCCCUUGGAUGGCUUUGAUGUUUGGAACACUAUCAGCGAAGGAAGACCUUCUCCCAGAGUGGAACUGCUGCAUAACAUAGACCCCAUGUUUGUGGAUGACUCCCCAUGUCUUGGCAUUGACAAGAGAACAUCUUUACCACAGAGCAAUUCUCCUUGGGAUGAUACACUUUUCAAUAUAUCCAUACAUGCAGCAAUAAGACAUGGAAAAUGGAAGUUACUAACUGGAAAUCCAGGCUGCAGCCACUGGUUCCCUCCACCGUCUUUGUUCAAUGAGUCACAGAUUCAAUCGUCUGAUCCAUCAACAAAGAGACUUUGGCUGUUUGAUAUUGCUCAUGAUCCUGAAGAGAGAAAUGAUGUGUCUGAAAAAUACCCUCAUGUGGUGGAAAAACUACUCUCACGGCUUCAGCAUUAUCACAAACGUUCAGUACCUGUGUUCUACCCUGAUGAGGAUCCCAACUGUGAUCCAGCAGUGACUGGGGCUUGGGGUCCUUGGGCAUAAUGCACACAGCUUUGCAUUCUGCAAAAAAACCCUGCAGCAGGGUCUGGUUUACAGACUCAGAGUCCUAGUCACAUAUUUUGUACUUUCUCUAAUGAGUUAUUGCUAAUUGUGAUCUUAUUCUUGGAAUAAUUCAUUAUUUCUUAUUCUUGAUAUGUUGGGAAUCUAAUUUCAGUCUUUUCCCACUCUCAUUCCCAACAAUUAUAUGUGAAAUGUUAGUAAAAUUAUAUAUAUAUUUUUAAAUAUUCUUUGUCUGGAAUAUACUUCUAGUGCAGAAGAUAAACAUUGCCUCCUUCCUUGAAAGAAACUAAAAGUAAUCGAAUUCCUUGUAAGGAAGGCAACAGGGACAUCCAAAAUUAAUCAGUCUUGUGGAGUAUACUGAACUUUGGUUUCACGUUUGUCCAGAAGACAAAAUCUACUGAAAGCUAUUAUAUAUCUGUAUUGACAUAAAGAUUUUUGCCUUUAACAUGUACUUCCAUCCAGAAAAGGCAAGAGUGAAAAAGAAAACCUCACAAAUACAACAUAAUCUCUAUUUCUUGUUCACUCUUAAUCUAUCAAACUGGAGUAGAGUGUGAUCAACUGGAUCACAGGGCUGUCAGAUAGAAGAAUCUUGACAGCCUUAAAAAAUGUGUGAAUAAAUAUUUCAUUAAUUUCAACAACUGCAGAGUCUGCCACUUGGAGUGCAACAGCUACAUUCAGGAGUGCAUGCUGGGCCAUGACCAGAUGGAAAGAAUUUUCAUGGGGAAAAAAUCUAAGCAUCCUUCUGAACAGUAAUUAAGACAAGAGUUCCCAUUUUCUCUUUAGGUGAAGAAAACCAACCACAUGUUGUUCCACAUACGCGAGAAUGUAUCCAGCAGCUAGGGGAAGUCUUAAUUCUCUUCUAGCAGUGCUAGAGCAUAGCAUUACAUUUUGAGCUUCCCUAUAAAGGAAAAGUAUUGACCAGUUUGAGUCAGUUAAGUGGAGAACUAUGAGUGUGAUCAUGGGGAGGAUAAAGAAAUGGGUUAGUUUAUGCUGGUGAGAAAAAUGGAAGAUGCUAUCUUCAGGUACUGAAUGUGAGAGCACAGAGAAGAGGAAGCCAGACACUUCUCAGAGAUGCACAAUAUGAAAAGUACAUAGGGAAAAUGUGGAGUUCCAAUGCAAUAUAAUGAAAGGGGAAAAAAAAAUCACACCAUGAGUUUAAUUCAAUAUGGGAAAUGUGAGACUAUGGCAACCUUAAUCCUGGGGUUGACCAGUCUUUGGUUGGAGAAGAUUCUGAACAAUUCUAUCCCUGAAGCUGGAUCAAAUUUGAAGUUGAUGCAGUUUGCUAGAGUGGUGAGGAGCAACCAGUGACCUCCAAAGGCCCCUUUCUGCAGGAAUUACUCAACGAUUCUGUGCUGAACAAAACCUUACUUUUAUUACCUGUCUGGUUCUGAAUGUAGAAUAAUUCCACUGAAAACUAUUUUUGGGGGCUAAGAACAUUUCAGAUGAUUCACUACAUGCCUAAAUGUGUAACCUCCUCAUAUUUAUUCAGUUUUUGGAUCUGUGCCUCAAGCUGUGGUUGUCACUUGUUCAAAUUCUUCUUACAGACCAUCCACUUCUCUGGUAAUAAAUAUGGUUUCCCCAAGUGUAGGGGUAAAAACACUUGAUUGUUUAUUCUUGUGAAUUACUCUACAUUUCUUCUUUCCCUGUAUUUACAUGAGAAAAGUAAGAUACCUGUAAUUUAAAUUAUCUAAUAGACUCGUGACUUGCAAAAUAUUUAUUCACUGGAUUUAAUUUUUAUGACUAGACUAUGAAGAAUAAAAUAGUGUUUCCUCUUUAGCUGUUUUUUAAAGAGAGAGUGAUUCACUUAUUAUGUUCAGAUUAGCACUAGUGGAGGUUCAGGGCCACUAUCAUUCUUUAAUUAAUGCGACAGAUGAGAGAUAAAAAGGUGCUCCUUACUUGUUUUAACUGCAUGUACUCUGUCUGUGCUUCCUGAAGACCACUUGGCCAACAAUCACUUUAAAAAAUACCAUGAUUUGGCUCUGAGUCACAUGUUUUGAUAGAAAUCAGAUAGCCAAAACCACAAGAAUCUUAACUUGUUAGAAAUGGUGACUGUUCCAAAAGUGUGAAUCCCGAAGACUGGCAUACAUACAGUAAAGUAGAGGAUGCACAGAAAAGCUCCUGAUAUACCUGAUAGCUUUCAGUUUUAUUACUUUUUCUGCUGUUAGAUCACUGGAAAAACGUGAGCACCUUGCCGUACAGGGCUGGUUUGCUGUUCCAAGGGCAGAAUAUAUACUCUGCAUAUUAACAGUUACUUCAGUCCUAAAUUUUUAUGUCAGAACUUGGUCAGAAACUGCUUCAUGGAACCAUUUCUUAAUGAUCUUGCACCUUUCCUCCUGCAGCACUAGAAAUUACUGUGUAUGGUGUCCUGGACAUGCUCUGAAUUCCCCGACAGAAUAUGAUGCAAUCACUCCAUUGAAACAAAGAGGUGUAACUCUUCUUAAUUUACUGUAUUAUACUUAACAAUUUUGUCCUUUAGGAUUUUCUCCACGUGCUCCAAUUGUUGCAACAAUUCGUAGCAAAAUGUGCCUCUCAGGAAAGAUCAUCAGCUGAAUUAAUUUUGAUGUUAAGAUAUGGCCUGUGCUUACUUGUCAUUCAUUAACUUUGCAAAUAUACCCACCAAUUUCUUGUGUAACCAUCCCCUGAAUACCACAUAAGAAAAGGCUAGGAAAAAAAAAAUCUUAGGAGAAACAGAACCAGCUGAAAUUCGUAAUUUUGUUAAAAUGUACUCACCUAGCAAAACACCAUCUUUUGAAGAUUUCUGUGGGAUAAUUAGACUGCCUUUUUGCUGCAUGGUGGCCACCGUAUAUAUUUUGUGUAUUUAGUAUUAUUUUGUGAACUACUGUUGAUGUACUGUAUAAUUACUGAAUCUGGCUAUGAUACCAAGCUCUAAGGUUUAGCCACGUUAGCCAAGUAGGGUCUUAUACAUUGAAAUAGCAAUUUCUAUUAUUUCAGGUUUGGAAGUUGGAAUUUUCUUUGUUCAUUACCUCUUUAUGGUUAUUUUGCUACUGCAGGAAAAGCAUGCACUAAUAACUAUGUAAUACUGUUGGUCAAAAAUGAGCCUUAUUUUCCUCCAUAAUUAAUUUCUUCCUUUCUAUUUCCUCUUAAGUAGCCCUAUUAUUAUCAUCAUUAACAAUGUUUACUUUUAAUCAGUUGUGGUAUUUUAAUUCUCAGCUCUUACUUAUUUUUCCUUAUUAUUCUCAAUAAUUGCAAUGUUCUUGCAAUAUCAGUAUCACCUGAAUCUAAAUGCAAAUAGUUUGUUUCCAAGCUAUUGUUUUGAUUCUGUCUUAUCUGUUCAAAUAAGGAAAGCGUGAAUUCCUAGAACUAAUCAUUGUAGUGUUUCAUUAAUGUUAUCUCCAGCUAAUUAUUUUCAUUUGUAUUUUAAUAUAGAUCAUUCAUCACUUCUUAAACAGCUAAUUUAAUUAUUUCAGAAACAAAAACACAAAAAUGCGAUUUAAAGUUUCCAACUUGCACCCAACAUAGUUAAAGAUGAAGUAUAACUUAAUGUGUGAGAGAAUCUUUGAAAAAUAAAAGGCUGCUGCUGUG